CAGUGUUUAACCGUGAGUGAAUUGCUAAAAUCAUUCCAUUUUGAAGAUAAAGGCGUGUUAUAUUACGAUGAAUUUCGAUAUUUAUGCCCUGCGUUGCUGUAUCAGAUAGAAAACAAGAGUUGUCUGAGAGCAGACUUUGAUCUAUGGGGUUACAGUACUGUAGCAGUAAUAAUUAUAAGUUUAGGUGGUCUACUUGGUGUGGCUGUCAUUCCCAUCAUGCAAAAAGUCUUCUACAACCAUCUUCUACAGUUCCUGGUAGCUCUGGCAGUCGGCGCCCUGGCUGGGGACUCUCUCCUUCAUCUUCUUCCACAUGUA